UUUGCAUAAUGCCAGACUCAUUUUAGGGAAAGACCGGAAACAGCUGGAAACUCAUGUGGUGGUCAAGGGGUAUCGAGGAGCCAACCUAGUAUUUUAUACUGUGAAAUAAGUUCCAUUUUCUUUACACCGAGAUUUGAACAUGAUUCUUGUGCAGGAUGAAUAUAGCUUUGCUUUAUAAGAGUAUUUAAGUACGAGCAAGAAUAUGAAGGCGCCGGAAGCAUUUGAAGAUGUUGCUGUUACUUUCACAGAAGAAGAAUGGAGGAUGUUAAGUAUGCAGGAGAAGGAACUGCAUAGGACAGUGAUGGUGCAAAAUUAUGAAGUUAUGAUUUCCCUAGGGUACACAAUCCCAUUGGAAAACCUGUUGUCACUUUUAUGGAUGGAUGAGGCAUUUCCAUUUGGUGCUGUAAAGCAAGAAGGGCCUGACCUGGAGGAACAGUCAGAGAAUACACCCAAUGGCUCUGGGACCCCUUUAAAAAACUUGUUGACCAUUUUAAGAAUGGGUGGGAAGCUUUCUGUUGGUGCUGUAAAGGAAGAGGAGGCAAACUUUCAGAAGGAGCUGUCUGACAAUACCCUCUGUGUUGACAAUCACCAUUCUGAUCUGUGCACAUUUUUUUAUGCUAUUCAUGUAGAUCACAGUUAUGAUAGCCCUUACUACUAA